AUGUCUCUGACUGUUUUUCUGCUGUUUCUGCUCUUCAUCUCUGGAGUUGUUGCUCAGGAUGGGUGGGCUGUGAAUUACCAUCCUAAAUCUAUCUGUGCUCUAAAAGGAUCGACAGAGACCAUGUUCUGCACUUAUAGAUAUCCAAGUGAUCACAGGGUCCAAAAAGUGUUCUGGAGUAAAGAGCUGGUUACAACUGGUUCAGAGCCUCCUGAUCUGUUAGCUGAUCUAGAGUACAGAGGCAGAGUUCAGUACCUCGGUGAUGAACACAGUGACUGCAGUCUCAGGUUUAAGACUGUGACAGAAAAGGAUCAAAGUAAAUACUACUUCACAUUUAUAACAGACCAACCUGGAGGAAAGUAUCAAGGUGCAGGUGGAGUUGAUCUUUCAGUCACAGAUCUCCAGGUGGAGGUUCCUGAGAGAGUGAUAGAGGGAGAUAAAGUCACUCUCACAUGUAGAACCACCUGCAAUCUGACACUCAGUCCAACAUUCACCUGGUACAGAAAUGGACAUCAUUUAUCCUCCAGUACUGACCAACUCCAUCUGCAGCCGGUCAGCAGGAAGUAUGCAGGCAGGAGAAGAGAACGAUGGAGGAAGGCGACUACCAGAACGUUGACCCUAAUGCUAAGGACGACACGUACACAGCUGUUGACCCCGUGUCCAGGUCCUCUGAUGAUGUGUACAACGCAGUUGCAAACGUUGACCCUAAUGCUAAGGACGACACGUACACAGCUCUUGACCCCGUGUCCAGGUCCUCUGAUGAUGUGUACAACACACUCACAACUGUUCAUUCCAGUCCUUCUGAUGAUCUGUACUCAGCUCUGGAUCCUCAGUCUCGCUCUCCUGAGUACGACACUCUAGCAGUGAGUGAAUCCACUUGUACUGAUGAGUGUUU